GGGGAAUGGAGGACCCGGGCAAUGGGGGUCCCCUGCCGCCGCACCAUGACGAGGAUACCCCGCCGGGGUCCCGGGACAGGCUGGCGGGGUUACCGAAGGGCGGCGGGGUGUGCUCUCGCUCGUACUUCGUGGUGGUGAUGGUGUUCGUGCAUGUCUACAUCAUCAAUGUCAUCGCCCUGCUGUUCUACGUCUACUACACGAACGGCUCCCAGCAAGGGGACCCGGGGGCCAACGGAGUCAGCACAUCGCCCGAGCCGCCGGUCCCUGAGCCCAGGGCUAGGAUCCAGCGAGAGCAAGAGGGGCCUCACAGCUACCUGCCCCGUCUGGAGGGCAUCAGGGUGGGUCACAGGCAGAAGCUUGAAUUGGUCCAAAAUAAAAUCCAUGAAAUAAAAACCCUGAGUCUGAAACCACUGCUUUUUGAAAUCCCAAAUUUUCUGACAGUAGAGGAGUGUAAGCUACUUAUUCACCUCGCCCAGCUGAAAGGACUGCAGGCAAGUCAAAUUUUGCCUGUGGAUGGCUAUAAGGAGGCCAUGGAUAACCUCGAGAUAAGCAAGGCGGACAUAUUUAAUCUUCUGGACCACAAUCAGGAUGGGCAGCUACAGAUAAAAGAGGUGUUAACCCACUCCCGCCUGGGAAAUGGCAGAUGGAUGACACCUGAGAAUAUCCGGGAGAUGUACAGUGCAGUUAAAGCUGAUCCAGAUGGAAAUGGUGUCCUGAGUUUGGAAGAAUUCAAGAAAUUAAAUCUCAGAGACUUUCAUAAAUACUUGGGAAACCAGGAGAUCACAAUGAGUGAUUUGGUCCGGAAUAGCCAGCACACUUGGCUCUAUCAGGGUGAAGGUGCUCACCAUGUGCUAAGGUCCAUACGACAAAGAGUUAUGAAAUUAACACGUCUGCCUGUGGAUGUAGUGGAGAACAGCGAGCCUUUGCAAGUGGUGAGGUAUGACGCAGGUGGCCAUUACCAUGCUCACAUGGAUAGUGGGCCAGUGUUCCCUGAGACAGCAUGUGCACACACCAAGCUUACAACCAAUGAAACUGCACCCUUUGAAACGUCUUGUCGGUAUGUAACAGUCCUGUUUUACCUGAAUAAUGUCACUGGGGGAGGAGAAACCACUUUCCCGAUAGCGGAUAACAGGACAUAUGAGGAACUGGCCUUAAUACAAAAUGAUGUUGAUUUGAGAGACACGAGGAAGCAUUGCGACAAGGGAAACCUGAGAAUAAAGCCACGGCAGGGCACGGCAGUCUUCUGGUACAAUUACCUGUCCAAUGGCCAAGGCUGGGUGGGAGACGUUGACGAGUUUGCCCUCCAUGGAGGCUGCCUGGUGACAGAAGGGACCAAAUGGAUAGCAAACAAUUGGAUUAACGUGGAUCCCAACAAGCAGCGUCAGCUGUGGUUCCAGCAGGAGAUGGCACGAUACGCCAGAGAUGAAAACGAAACUCAGAAAGACUGGACAGUAGAUAAAUCGUACAAGGACCUCCACAUAGAUUUAUAAUAUGAAGACAAAGCCGGUACAGGGAGUACAUACUUGGGUUCCAAGUACAAUGAUGUCUUAGUCAUCCUAAUGCACUCUUUCCUCAUUUCUCUUGCAACUCUGCUCAUUUGGAAGAUUAUUUAGUCCAGCAAUUGUAUCUUCCAGAAGCCUGAAUUUCAUAAGACGGGGGCAUGAGGUGUUAUGCAUUUCUGGUAUCGAGCAGGAGUAAACUUGAAAGGGAGAGCUUGUUUUCUUAGCCUAGUUUAAAGUAGGUUUGGCAAACACGAGGAGACAGACAAACUGAGAUGAAACAAGUGAGAUUUUCUUCACACAGGCAGGAAACAUUUUAAAGAACAUGGAUGACCAUUAAAAGCCACACAAAACUGUUCUUUAAAGCAAUGAGAGGCAGCCCUCUUUCUAUUUAUCUAUGUAUUUAAUUAUUCAGGGUACAGGGGAUAUGCCAGCUGUUUAAUUGGCAGUUUCAGCAGGGUAUUUGGUGGAAAUUAAAUUAAAAAAAAGAGGUAACUAAAGUAAAAAAAACACCAGGUUCAUUACAGACUCUCAAGAAUCUGAAAUGUCGAGUCUUUCAUACUAUUUUUUAUAUUAUUUUAAUUAUGGCUGACUGAAUAGUAGGAAUUACUGCCACUCUAAUCUUUUAGAGCAUCGUAUGUGCAUGUAAUUAUCUUAAGAGUAAUCAGUAUAGAUGCACAAUAUAUACAUAUCAUGAGGCUGAUGAAAAAACUGCCGUAUACACAGCACCUCAGAUGAAUGUUGCUACAAUACUCCUAGAAUGCCUAACGUAUUAGGUCCCCCUACCUCCGGUUAUAAAAUGGUUUUAAAACCCUCAGCGCUGGCUAGGUCUCCUCCUCCCACGACAUUACGCCGAUGGGGUAAGUAAAUGCAUGUGCGCAGCUAAUGCCGCGCAUGCACUAGAGCUUUCCCAUAGAAAAGCAUUGAAUUCAUUCUCUCAUUUGGGAAAUUUUAAGACAUUCAAUGUCCUCAUUUUAAACUUGAGGUCGUCCAACGUUAUUUCACGGAGUAAAAUUCUGUUUGAGGCCCGGAAGCACUUCUAAAAGACAGCCACUAGAGGUUCUCUGAAACUGCAAUGUUUUACAUUGCAGGGUUAAAGGGACAGGGGGACAGCACGAAGACCACUUCAAAGAGAUUAAGUGGCUUGGGUGCCUGUAGUGUCCCUUUAAAUUAGAUUAGGAACACUUCUGUCAAUUAGAGUUUGAAGGAGAGUAGAUUAGGUACAGACCUCCACUGUUCAUAAAGAUAGAAAAAUCGUUUAACAAUAUAUCUUUUUCCAUAGGUCUUCAUUAUUCCCUACGCUAGGUACUCUGUCAAGGAAAAAGCUAAUUUUAAACCAGUGUUCCCAGCUGAAA